UAUUUGACUGUAGGUGUAUCCAAGACCAGGGGCGGACUGACAUUUGGAAACUCGGGCACUGCUCGAGGCCCGGGGUCAGUAGGGUGCCCCAUGAGAUGCCCCUGGUACCUUUUUCAUAGGCUUUUUUUAGUUUGGGCAAGGAUACAGGGGCCCCAUGAUCCCCUAUUGCCCAGGGGCCCCAUGAGUUGUCAGUCCGCCCCUGAUACCAUCUGUCUUAGUUCAUCAUGCUUCACCAAUAGUGCAAAUGGACCUUUGAGUUCU